AUGUUUGGUUCAACGACUCUAAUAAACAGGUCAUUCCUUGCAAUUUUGAUAAUAUUGACAUUAUACUUCCUUGGAAUGGACCUUUUAUUGUAUUCUAGAAUACAAAAUUAUGAUGUAAGACCUACACCAAAUGGUACACAAUAUGUCUCUAUCAUACCAUGUGAUUUUAAUCCGUUAUGUACAGUGACUGUAAAAGGAUUAAUGCUUGAUCAUCCAAAUUAUUUUCUUUUGAGUCCUUUGGCAGCUGUUAUGGAUGAUUUAUUGCAUAUAAGCACUUCUUGGACGUGGGUGACACCAAAUACAAUCAGUUGUUUUCAUGUAUUAAUAGCAGUGAUGGCUGGUAAAUGUGUUUCCAGUGAUUUAUUAUCUUAUAGACGCUUAGGUGUAAUACUUUUUCAAGCAAGAACAUGGUUAGAUGAUUUAGAUGGACAUGUUGCUAGAAAAAGAGCACAUAUUGAUGGUGAACGAUCAGAUGUUGGUUCAACUGGUUAUAUCGUCGAUGGAAUUUGUGAUGCUUUGGGUUGUCUUGCUUUAAUUAUUGGCCUAUAUCAAUUUCUUGCUCAUAAUUCGACUAGACGUGGAGGAUAUGAUAAGCUACCACAACUUCCUGUAUCUUCAGUUCUAGAACCUGGAAAUGUAACUUCGAAAACUUCAAAUGCAGCACUUCGUAAUAUAUUACUUAUGACCGUCCAUUUGUUCCUCACCAGUGCCGCCUGGAAUCGAUAUAUAUCUUUAUACCAAGAUCUUCUUGAGACUGAAUAUAGAACACCUUCAAUUAGUAAAGAACAUCUUUAUGCUAGACAGACAACUAUAUUCAGAAGCUUGUCCUUUUCGAUAAUUGUUCUUUGUUGGAAGUUUAUGAAUUUUCAUGCUGUCAUGGAUUAUCUACUUUUAGCAAUAUAUUUUGAUCGUAUGCGAGAAUAUAUCAGGCUUGUAAGAUGGUCUUCAUAUGUUAUUGUAUUAUUACUUGUCUAUGUAACUGAAUUUCAUUUCUUACGGGCCUAUACAUAUAUACAAGAUGUACCAUCAGUGAUUGAUGAAGAAAUAUCUUCAUCUGAUGUUUUCACUCAAGGAUGACAGUGUGAAUUUUGGAAAACAUUGUUUUCUACAUUUAUUCAU